AUGAAGAGACAAGCUGUGGCCUUCUCUCUGGUUAUUACCGCUGUGCCCUAUAAUGUCACCUUCCAUGACACCACAAAAGACAAGAAGGCGGAGGAUGGAGAGAGAGGAAUCAGACCACACAUACAGAUCCAGGCCUCCACCCCCAGCCUCCAGUUCCCCCCGCCAUCUGUGCACGUCCCUCUGCCUGCAACUCCACAACAACAAGGCCCUGAACCUCUGCAGAGGAGUCAAUCCAUCACUGAGAGAGAGAGAGAGACAGAGAAAGGAAGUAAAAACAGGGAACGGACGGGACAGACAGGCGAUGAUGAUGAUGAUGACAGUCAUCAGGGAUGCAGCAGCCUUCCAUCUGUCCAUCCGAACGUAAAAGUGAAAGAGGCAGGUGUUGGAAAUUGA